AUGCAGAUCGCUAAGUCCAUUCUUCCCAUUGACCCCAACUGCGGCAGCAUCAUGACCUUCCGCCCCAGCUGGGAGGAAUUCGUGGACUUCACCUCGUUCAUCGCUGCCAUGGAAGCCCAGGGUGCACACCGUGCAGGCCUGGCCAAGGUCAUCCCACCCCCGCAGUGGAGCGCCAGGCAGACCUACGACGACAUCGGCGACAUCGUCAUCCCCAGCCCCAUGCAACAGCUGGUCUCCGGGAAGGCGGGGGUCUUCACUCAGUACCACAAGAAGAAGAAAGCCAUGAGCCUGAGCGACUAUCGCCAACUGGCAAACAGCGACAAAUACCGGGCCCCAGCCCAGCUCAGCUUGGAACAAGUGGAGAGACUCUACUGGAGGAGCCGCGCCUAUGGGGCUCCCCCCAUUUACGGGGCCGACGUCAGCGGCUCGCUCUUCCACCACCACACCACGGCCUGGAACCUCAGAAACCUGGGUUCCCUUCUCGACCUGCUACAACAGGAGUGCGGCGUGCUCAUCGAGGGCGUCAACACCCCCUACCUCUACUUCGGCAUGUGGAAGACCACGUUCGCCUGGCACACGGAGGACAUGGACCUUUACAGCGUCAACUACCUGCACUUUGGCGAGCCCAAGACGUGGUACUCGGUGCCCCCUGAGCACGGGCGGCGGCUGGAGGAGCUGGCUGCACAGCUCUUCCCUGCCAGCGCCCAAGCCUGCCGGGCCUUCCUGCGCCACAAGGUAGCCCUCAUCUCACCCAGUGUGCUGCGGGAGAACGGCAUUCCGUGCCAGCGUGUCACUCAGCAGCCCGGCGAGUUCAUGGUCACCUUCCCCUAUGGCUACCACGCGGGCUUCAGCCACGGCUUCAACUGCGCCGAAGCCAUCAACUUCGCCACUCUGCGCUGGAUCGACUAUGGCAAGGCGGCCUCCCAGUGCAGCUGCGGGGAGGCUAGGGUGUCCUUUGCCAUGGAUGCCUUCGAGCGCCUCCAGCAACCCGAGCACUAUGAGCUGUGGCAGCACAGCCAGGCCCGGGCGCCUGUGAACCUGCCAGGGCCCACGGGAGCAGCCAGCAAGGGGCCCACGGGAGCAGCCAGCAAGGGGCUGAAGGCCUGGAAAGAGGAUCACGAGCUCCGGAGGGCAGCCCUGGGCCUGAGGCAUCUCUCCUCGGCCCAGGCACCUUCCCUGCAGCCUGUGCAGGCCCGAGGGGGCCGAGGCCGACGCCGCAGGCGCACACGGGCAAUGGAGACUUCUCUGCCCAAGUCCCAUACGAACAUCUUCUUGCUGGGGAUCCCCUCUGGCUCCAGCCACAGGGAGGUGCAUUGGAAGACCUGA